GGGACAACAAAGGGACCUUUCUAGAACGUCGCGCAGCACAACUUUGUCGGCGGAGAAGGUGACAGAACGAUUGAUUGAUUGUGUUUGAUACAAAACUCCCGUUGACCGAACCUUCACCGGUGGGAACAAUCUCCUCCGGACUGACCCUGAUCUACAGUCGGCGAGAAGUUUGUAUUGAAGCUGGGAACAAUGGAUACAGAUGAUGACUUUUACCCCGGAUUUGAACGGGGAUUGACAACGCUGGGGUUCAUCAUCAACAAGAAAGGCAUCAACAAUCAAGGGGUGAUCCUAGCCCUCAAUCAUGCGAAGCCAACACCUGAAGGUCCAGAAAACUACGUUCACAUCCACCCAUACCUGCUUGCUUCUUUUUCUGGUGGGUGCCAACGUUCUCAUGACUAUUUGAAGAAUGAUCUGCCACUUAAGUGCAGAGACUAUUUUCUGAAGCAUGGAAAAAAGCUUCUGCUGCUCGAGCAUCCAAGUGGUUAUCCGAGUAUCUGUCCGAAAAUCAUGACAGUGAAGACAGUUACUCAUUUGGAGUACUGUUGGCUGGGUGGGAUGAAACAAGGGAGAGGCCUUCCUUGUAUAAAGUGAACGCUAAAGGGAAACGUAGUAAAAACACAUCGGCUGGAUCUGGAUGUGCUGCUACUGCGUGGGCUGCAGUGACUGACGAUCUAUUUUGUAGGACAAAAUGGGAUUGGGGUGUUGGUUCGGGAUGAUGACAUAGUCGAAUUGCAGAAGCAGUAUUUGGGUGAACGUGGGCGAGAGUGG